AAUAAAGUCAUAAUAAUAUAAAAACAAAGUUGUAAUAUUGUGAUACAAUCAUAUGAGAAAAUGAGAAAAACAUUCAGAGUAUGAGCAGUUAUUAUUUAUUUAUUUAUAUAUUCCUCUGGCAUUUAGUAGGGAAGGAAAACCAAAUCUGAGGAUUUAAUCUUUGCAUUUUUUCCGCAAGGAAUUGUGCGCAUGAGUCUCAUGAAUUGUUGCAUAACCUCGUGCAUGAAAGGAGAUUGUCAUCCAGCUGAGACGGACGCAGACGCGCAUGUGCUGAUGCGUUUGGCACCGAUGUGUCGUCAGUUCGUUGGAUGUUGACGCAGCGUUCUCCAGAAGGUGUGUGUCACCGCACGCGCGCUCGUCCACCAUCUGUGCGCGCGCCCCUCCCUCUGUGACUCGCAGCAUCACCGGGAGCCCAGCGGAUGCUGCUGUGAAGAAUAUAUUUACGCUUCACGACCGGAGAGAGAGAGAGAGAAAGAGAAGCGUGAUAUCUGAAUGCGUAAUUCGCGGGGGGGUGAUUUGAUGCGUGAUCUUAGCGAACGGGUCCCGUUUGGAGACAUUUCCUCCCAGCAAGCUGUUGAUUUUUUAGGUGUUGCCUGCAGCUGAGGUCGUUGUGAAAACGCGUCUUUCUCCGCUGGAUUUUUCCAAGGGCACCGAAAUGCGGCGGCGAUGAGCUGCGAGCGAGUCGGGUCACAUCCAGGGUUCGAGCUCUCCUCACUUUGGUCCACUGCCUGAAUUUUUCUUUUUGGAGUGGGGUGGAGGGGGAUGCGACGUCAUGAGCCUGAACCCGUCUGACAGAUGUGUUGCAGCUGCACAGACACAGCUCGUCCGAUCCGGCGCGUUGUUUUAACUAUGAUUGUGUAAGAGGAGGAACCGGGAGAAAAGCGUCUUUCAACAUCCAUGUUCGAUCCCCUCCUCGGUGCACGGACGGACCGCAGCCUUCAUUUCAUUUUCGGCUCUGCAUAAGAUGAUACCUGGAUCUGCCGCAUCAAUGCUACCGUCUGCAGAAGCCGCGAAACUCUACCAGACCAAUUACGUCCGCAACUCGCGUGUCAUCGGACUCCUGUGGGCCAUUUUCACGAUCCUGUUCGGCAUCGUUAACGUGACCAUCUUCUCGCAGCCCUAUUGGAUCGGGGAUGGCGUGGACACCCCGCAGGCUGGCUACUUCGGCCUGUUCCACUACUGCGUCGGGGACGGACUCUCCAAGGACCUGGACUGCCAGGGCAGCUUCACCGAGUUCGCCGCCAUCCCCUCCAGUGCGUUCAAGGCCGCCUCCUUCUUCAUUGGAAUGUCAAUGAUGCUGGUGGUCACCUGCAUCGGCUGCUUCAGCCUCUUCUUCCUCCUCAGCACCUCCACCGUGUACAAGAUCUGCGGCUGGAUGCAGGCAGCAUCAGGUGUCUGUCUGGUGCUGGGCUGUAUGAUCUAUCCUGAUGGCUGGGAUAGCGAUGAAGUGCGGCGGAUGUGCGGAGAGCAGACAGACAAAUACAGUCUGGGAGCUUGUUCAGUGCGCUGGGCUUACAUCUUGGCAAUCAUGGGCAUCCUGGACGCGCUCAUCCUCUCAUUCCUGGCCUUCGUCCUGGGGAACCGGCAGGACGGACUCAUGACGGAGGAGCUGCUGGCUGAGAGCAAGGAAGGAGGAAAUGCCUAAUUGAUUUUUAGGUUCGCUUCGUUCCGUCUGUCCGAUCCUCUUCAGUACCAGUCGUUCAACAACCUUUUUCAGGAAAGCAGACAGAGGCGACGGUGAAUUGGAAAACAAUGGAACCAGACAGCCUUCCUUUUCACCACUGUAACCUACUUUUGACAUCCAUCCACACCGCUCCCUUUCAUUGUUUCCAGCACUUAGACAGAGCCCAGAGCGCCGUUUGUCAUCAAAGGACUUAACCCUUGCACACCAAUGCACAGACCAUGGCAAGGGCACAAACUGUUAUUCUGUGGAGGAGAACAGCAUUCGUAUGGAAUAUCCUUUAUCCAACUACCUGAGACAUUGAAGCUCUUUCUGCAUAACCACACAUGUUCCAACUCUCACACCAGUCUGUACACAAAUGUAAUUACAAGUAUUAACCUAUGUUAACACCAAAAUGUGUGUGUCAUCGUCCGAAUGAGUAUUAUGUUUUAUUUGUGAAAAGAAGAAGAAGAAAAAAAACAAUUAUAUCGGAUUAAUCUGUAGUGUUUAGGUUAAACAAAGUUAAGGUUUUACUUUACUCUCUCUUUCUCAUAUGCUACUUUAUUUCCCUGAAAAAGAUAUUUAAAACUGUUUUGUAGUGAUAUUAUCAUACGACAGAGGCAACUAGAAUUACAAAGUGUGUACAGACAAUAUUUAAAAGUGAUCUACAAGGAUUUUAACUGAACCUGUUCUACAUCCUAUCUACUACCCAACUUUGCACAGUGCUCAAGUUUGAGAGGGGCGUUAAUAUUUUGUUGUUAGCGUAUCGACACUGUGAAGGCGGCUAUCUGAACUGCCAGCUGCAGGACGUCUAGCUGCUACAUGAGCUUAACCGUAUGUGUGUUUGAUGAGAGCAUGCACGAACACGCAGCAUCGCUGUAAGUGUGAUAUGAGUGUAAUAGUUUGCCAACCUCACACGCAGUUAGCCGUCCUCUUGUGUAUCUUAUAUCUGUCUUUGUCUCUAGGUGGGUCCUUCUUUAAUGACCUUGCUCUGUUUGUUUCGUUGGGACGUACAGGGUAAUGCGAUGGAGCGACAGGCGUGGCUGACAUCUGAACUCGAGUCAAGACGGACGUUUGACUCGUGCACAUGUUAUUGUGUAAAUAGAUAUUCUGUAGAUAUUGAUAAAUCAGUAAGUUAGAGCAACUAAAAAGAUUCAUUUAAGACUAUGAACACUUAAUAAAGGUUUUCACUGUAAGCCUCUGCUGUGUUUUAUGCCUGUCUUAACAGAAAGGAGGGUUCGUUUAUUAAUUAUGAAAAGGCAAUGCUCCUAACCUCAUUGAAACCCUCCUGGUUAUUCUUUCAAAUAUUGGUUUCUGAACUAUUCCUGAGUUAAAACAUUAGUGUUGUUGUUUCUAAAUGAAUAUGAACUUGUUUUUCCCGCAUCGUUUGAGGUCUAAAAUCUCUGCAUCUUUUUUUUUUUGACCAUUUCUCAUUUCCCACUAAUAAAUACGACAUUUUUGCUCGGCAUUUCAGAGACAUGUUGUCAGUGGUUCAGAGAAUAAAAGAACAAUGUUAAUUUUAUUCAAACACACAACUAUUUAAAAAAAUAAAAUAAAAUCAGGGAAAGUGGUAAUUUUGCAGUGAUCUCCUAAUUUUUUUCCAGAGUUGUGUAUAUAUAUGAAAAGCACAACCUUUACCCAAGUCUGAAAAAUUUAGAAACAUAUUUGUGUUUCUGCAUAUAUACUUUCUUUGACACAAUUUAUUGUACUUCAUCACCUUCAUAUUCUAGUAGACUACUUAAAAGUAGUUCAACCUACAAAACUUGACCUCCUGGUGCCAUAUUUAACUCCUGACAGGAAGUUGUGAUUGUUUUGUAGGAUUCUGAUUGGUUGAUGUAGGUUUUAGCUAACAUGUUUAAAACAAUGAUCACCUGCAUUCUUAUACAGGUUUAUUUGCUUUUUACCCAAUGUGGCAGAGAUAUUGUGUAACCAGAUCCAUAAGUACCUGGUUACGUGUGGGCGGAGCCUAAGAUUUGACCUUUGUUUCAAACUCAUUCCAUGUAGUUGUGGUGUGAAUCAAAGUGUGAAUAUCUGGUGAUGCUAUGAGCCGUUUUCUCUUCAUAAUCCCCAGAGAACUCAAAUUAAAUGGUUGGAUUUA